UACAAACCAACCCAUGCGCAAUCACGUACUCAUACACAUUCAACGACCCGCUCGCAUACACACCAUUUCGUUCGUAUCAAUUUAUCUGUCGAAAGUUGAAGUUUACAACACAUAUUGUGCUGACGAGGUCUAUUGCAGAGAACAACAGUAGGAAGAUAGUGGAGAAAAUAAUUAUUCACAAAUCGCAUAAACCAACCCGUAUCUCGUGAACCUCUUGAUGGCUCGAAGGACUGUGAAGAUAAAUUAGUCAUUACUUUCAGUUGUUGAUUGUUUGCAUCUAAGCAUAUAUCCCGGCCGUGUAUCGGUGCACCGUACUGAUUCAUCAAAUUAGUUUCGUUUGGUUUAUCAGCAUUAGGCGUACUUUUUGUUUCUCAGCCCCCCUAAAUCAACUUCUCAAAGAAGGGAAGACCAUACGGGUCGUAGUGUAACCUGAAGUAGAACCGAAUCAUCCAAAAUCAUAUCAAGAUGAUGGAUGGAAUCGAAGAAAACGGAGCGUCACAGCAAGUGACUAACCCGAACGUCACAGACCCGGAAACCGUCGGUUCACGCCAGGGAUCCGUAGAGAGUGUAUUAACUACCGUUUCAACCACCGCCCCUCUACCGGAGAAUUCGCUCCUAGUCGACAUUUCCGAUGCAUUGAGCGAAAAGGAACGGGUGAAAUUUACCGUCCACACGCGCACGAACCUGUCCGGGUUUGACAAGCCCGAUUUUCUUGUAGUCCGACAGCAUGAAGAAUUCGUCUGGUUGCAUGAUCGUUUCGAGGAGAAUGAGGAGUAUGCCGGUUACAUUAUUCCACCCUGUCCUCCCCGGCCCGAUUUUGACGCAUCGCGCGAAAAGCUGCAACGGCUGGGUGAAGGCGAAGGGAACAUGACCAAGGAAGAGUUCAAAAAGAUGAAACAGGAACUGGAAGCCGAAUAUUUGGCCACCUUCAAAAAGACUGUCGCCAUGCAUGAAGUCUUCCUGACGCGCCUUGCCUCGCAUCCGGUGUUCCGGGAAGAUUCGCACCUGAAGGUGUUUCUAGUGUACGAUCAGGAUCUGUGCGCGAAAAUGAAGAAAAAAAUCGACAUCUUUGGCGGGUUGGUGAAGAGCAUCGGAAAAACUACCGAUGAAAUCUACCUCGGCGCAACGGUGAAGGAUGUCAACGAUUUCUUCGAGCACGAGCUGCAGUUCUUGGGCGAAUACCAUGGACACCUGAAGGAGGCUGCCAUACGGACGGAGAAAAUGACCAACAAGCACAAGGAUGUGGCCGAUUCGCAUGUGCGUAUUUCUUCGCAACUGCUAGCGUUAUCGACUGCGGAACAUGGUUCAAUGGAGAAGUUUCUAGCAAAGACAUCUGAUAUUUUCGAGAAAAUUAGGAAUAUGGAAGGUCGUGUCGCGAGCGAUCAAGACCUUAAACUUGGCGAUACACUGCGCUACUACCAGCGGGAUAGCAAUGCCGCAAAAGCAUUAUUAAUUCGCCGUUUACGUUGCUUGGCCGCGUACGAAACUGCCAACCGAUACUUGGAAAAAGCGCGUGCCAAAAACAAGGAUGUACACGCGCCGCUGGAAGUGCAGGAGGCGGAAAGUGCACAAACGCAAGCGUGCGAGAAGUUUGAAUCCAUGUCGGCACGCGGCAAAGAAGAGCUGGUCAGCUUUAGAUUGCGCCGCGUGGCUGCCUUCAAGAAGAGUUUGACCGAUCUGGCAGAGCUGGAAAUAAAGCACGCUAAGGGACAGUAUGAACUAUUGCGCCAGUCUUUACUCGCCUUACAAGAGCUGGUGUAAAGUUAAUGGAAUGCAGCCAACUACCAAAACCUCCCCCCUUCGGGAAAGUGGUACAGCAAAAGCGAAAUAAACGCAACCGUCUGUGUGGAACAAUAUUACUUCUGAUCGUGUCCUAGUGAAAAGAAGGACUACAAAAUGGUGAAGGUGAAAAGCACUAAUGGUAGAUAAGCAAUCUACUACACUAGUUGGUGCAGUCGGAGCAUGAGAUCUACAUGGAAAUGAUGUAAAAAUCAUCGCAAAACAUGAACGCAUCGAACCAUUGCGGAAGGCGUUUUAGGAAGAAUUAAAAUUCCAAAAUCACCUUUUAGUAGUCUAACAUUAUGAUUAUUCCCAUAACAUCAAGCAUAAAGUUUUAGUGAAGAAGUUAAAACAAGAAGAAGAAAAAAACACUGUUGAAAGCAACAUUGUCAUAGUUCGCAUUAUUACAUUCUAUUGUUGGCUGUUUAGAUUAGGAGAAGGGAAGCAGUAAUCUGUUGCAAGCAGUUUCGUGGCCGGUAGUUUCGCAUUUCGUUUCUUUGUUUUUAUUUGAUCCCAUCAAAUAUUAAAUAUUUGAGCUUAUAUAUUACUUUGUUAUGAGUUAUGAGAAGAAUAGCGCUCGAAUUCAAUGAAAUCAUCGUGAAUUAUAUAUUACAUUACAUUUAACUUCCAUCAUUUAUAUUCAAAAGUCGGUGCAUUCACAACAAAAAGGAAGCAUGUAUAUUGUAUAAGAAUCGGAGCAUAUUAUAUGAAGACACGGCAGGUGUUUUUAGUCCAGUUUUUUGUGACGCAAAGAAUAUUUAAGGCAAAACCAGUCGCGUUCAAAAAUAAAAGAAAAGAAACACCCAACCCAACUGGCGUUGAGCGCGAAUAGCAUACUAGUAGAGGAAUCUAUUGGCAUUUUAUUUUUUCUACUAUACUCUUUAUACACAUACGAUUAUUGUUCUUUCUUUCCGUCUCCGGAAAAGACGACGAUGAGCGACAAAACAGCAUCAUAUGGACUCCGAUUGUUGGAUGCUGUACCGAAGCCUGCAUGGUUUGAGCGAAGCGUACAAGUCGAGGAUAAACACAGCAAUUUGUAUGAAAUAUUGAUGAAAUGAAUAAAACAACAAAAAACUAAAUAAAAA